UGCGGGAGGCAUCAUGUGAGCGGGGCCGGGCCAGGGAGGACCGGGGCGGUGCUGCGUCGGGGAGGACUGAGACAGUGUCGGGCAGUUCGUGCUCUAGCGGCAGUGGGCAGGAUGUGGCCGGUGGUACUGAGCACGUUGAUUCUGAUCUUGGUCCUGGCCUUGCCCUCUAUGGCCUUGGAGAACGGACUGGCUCUCACCCCUCCCAUGGGCUGGCUGGCCUGGGAGAGGUUUCGCUGCAACGUGGACUGCCGGGCCGAUCCCCAAAACUGCAUCAGCGAGAACCUCUUCUUUGAAAUGGCAGACCGCCUGGCAGAGGAUGGCUGGAGGGAGCUGGGCUAUGAGUACAUCAACAUCGAUGACUGCUGGUCUGCCAAGCAGCGGGACACGGCAGGACGUCUGGUUUCUGACCCUGAGAGGUUUCCCAGUGGGAUUAAAGCCCUGGCUGACUAUGUCCAUGCCCGGGGGUUGAAGCUGGGCAUUUACGCUGACCUGGGCACCUUCACCUGCGGGGGCUACCCGGGCACCACACUGGACCACAUCGAGGUGGAUGCCCAGACCUUUGCGGAGUGGGGUGUGGACAUGCUAAAGCUGGAUGGGUGCUACUCUUCAGGAACGGAGCAGGCAGAGGGCUAUCCAAAAAUGGCGAUGGCCUUGAAUGCCACAGGCCGCCCCAUCGUCUACUCCUGCAGCUGGCCAGCCUAUCAGGGUGGGCUCCCCCCCAAGGUGAACUACACCAUCUUGGCAAAGUUCUGCAACCUGUGGCGUAACUACAAUGACAUCGAGGACUCCUGGGACAGCGUGCUUUCCAUCCUGGACUGGUUCUCCACAAACCAGGAUGAGCUGCAGCCAGCGGCUGGCCCCGGCCACUGGAAUGACCCUGACAUGCUCAUCAUUGGAAACUUUGGCCUUAGCUAUGAGCAGUCCCGCUCCCAAAUGGCCUUGUGGACGGUGAUGGCAGCCCCACUGCUCAUGUCCACAGAUCUUCGCACCAUCUCUCCGAGCGCCAAGGAGAUCCUGCAAAACCGCUUGAUGAUCCAGAUCAACCAGGACCCCCUGGGGAUCCAGGGGCGCAGGAUUGUCAAGGAGAAAUUCCACAUUGAGGUGUUCCUGCGCCCACUAUCUAAUGAUGCCAGUGCCCUCGUCUUCUUCAGCCGGAGGACAGAUAUGCCCUUCCGCUACACCACCAGCCUGGAGAAGCUCCACUUCCCCGAGGAUGGUGUGUAUGAGGUAGAAGAUGUGUACAGCGGUCAGAUCUUCAGUGGCUUGAAGACAGGAGACAGCUUCACAGUGGUUAUUAACCCCUCAGGGGUGGUGAUGUGGUAUCUCAUUCCUUCAGUGAUCUUCGCACAGCCCUGGCACACUGUAAGACUGCCAGACCCUGGCGAGGGCGUCAACCCAGUCCUGCUGUGAUGAGGGUCAGUAGAUGGGGGUGUGGGUCAGUGCCGAGGGCAACAGUGAGACCCUGGGGCACGUGGCUCUUCAUUGCACAAGUGCCUUUCUCAGGUGUGCCCAGCAGUGCCAGGGAGUGACCAUCAAGUCAUUCCUCCAGUACCAGCUUGAUGAUGUCUAGUCUCUGUGUAAAGCAGAAAUUACUGUUACCCACCUCUUAAGGGUGUACAGACCAUGAUUGCUUGGUGAUUGCAAAGCCCUUUGAGAUCCUCCUGUGGAAGAUGUCAUGCCAGCUGAGCUGGGAGUUUGUCAGCUCGGACACCAGAGCACUUCACUGCUUUGAACUGAAUACCACCAACCACUGCAGGGACGGUUUGAUCUAUGCCUGCAGAAAGGCCUUGGAUGCUUAAGUAUCUUCUAGGAUGGUGACACUGCCACCCACCCCCAUGUGAUGACAUUAGCCUCAAGGAUCAGACCUGGUCACCUUCUUGCUGAAAGACAUAUCGAUGCAGUGCUUAGGGAUGUGGUUUAGUGGUGGACUUGGCAGUGCUGGGUUAAUGGUUGGACUUGAUUUUAAAGAUCUUUUCCAGUCAAAAUAAUUCUAUGAUGAUUCUAUGAUUCUGCAAUCAGCUUGGCUUAGAAUAGGAGGCUGUAUCCUUCCCAUGUACCCUCACUGGGACCAAAAGGUCCUGGAGGCAUGAUGGUCCUGUGAAGGGAGGCUUCGCUUGCAGCCCCAAUCCUGCUGGCAGGAGGUCAGCACCACUACAGCCCAGUGUGCAUGCCAGCAUUGUAUUAAAGCACCCCUGGUUCCAGUUUACAGCAGAGCAAAGGAAAAACCUCCUUUGGCCAUGUACAACCCCAGCAGCUGUUCUGUGGUACAGCACCAAAAACUGCAGAGCUGUAGUGUGUUUUGCCUGAGUGGUGUUUGGAAGAUGCCAACGUUCAGAGGGGUUCCUCUUUUGAGUUGGGAGUUGGUUGCAAGUGUCUCCAAGUUUAAGUUGCAUCUUGUUCUUGCUCCAGUAGGGAAAUUCCUGCUAAAAGGGGGCUCAGGCCUCCUCCAGCAGGCUGAACACUCAGGGUUUCUCAGGAAAAGGCUCCUUCCAAGGGCAGCUACAUGCACAGCUCCAUUCUGAGGAGGAGCCUGUGCUAAUAAAUUGGGAUGGCAGGACAGACUCUGAAGCCCUCAAUGCCUUCACGUUCAAACACAUCCUAUGGAGAAGUUUUAGGUGAGACAUGCCCCUACCUCGACUGCCCUGGAGAGGGGUGAAGCUUUCAUGGAGAUUGCCUCUGAAGUUUUACAGCUCAGCAAGACUGACAUAUGAUAUAGCCUCAUACUGGAGAAAUGUUACAUUUUAGAUUAAGA